GAUAUAUGAGAUUUCAGCUCUCCCACUACACCACCAACUCCGCUCUCAACCAUCGAAAUCUUUCCAAUCUUUCUAGCAAUGGCUAAGACUCAGAUCUGAGCUUUAUCUUCUCUGUUACUAACAAUCUGCUCUUUUCUCAAGUUGGACCUCUCUCAAUUAGUUUUGUAGAGAUUAGUUAAGCAAUGGCUAAAUCAAGAACACAUUUUUCAAGUCAAGAUUCAUCAUUGUCGCCUACUUCUGUAAGAUCGAGGGAAUGGGAGGGUCCAGCAAGAUGGACUGAAUAUUUGGGUCCCGAAAUGACACCCAAGAGCUCUAGGAGUGCUGGUCAUGAUGCCCAGGUCCAGAGUUCGGUCGGGUCGCAUAAGGGUUUGAAUAUGCAAUGGGUAGUUCAACUUACUGAAGUUGCUAAAGGUCUUAUGGCUAAAAUGUAUAGGCUAAAUCAAAUAUUGGACUACCCAGAUCCCGUUGGCCAUGUGUUUUCAGAAGCAUUUUGGAAAGCAGGCGUGUUUCCAAACCAUCCAAGACUUGGUGUAUUACUCUCAAAGAAGUUUCCUGAACAUUUUAGCAAAUUACAACUUGAACGUGUUGACAAGUUUGCUUUGGAUGCUUUACAUGAUAAUGCGGAACUUCAUUUGCAGUCUUUGGAGCCGUGGAUUCAGCUGCUUCUUGACCUGAUGGCUUUUCGAGAACAAGCUUUGAGGCUUAUAUUGGAUUUAAGCAGUACUGUUAUUACUUUGUUGCCCCAUCAAAAUGCACUUAUUCUACAUGCAUUUAUGGAUCUCUUUUGUUCGUUUGUUCGUGUUAAUCUUUUCUCAGAGAAGCUGCCGAGGAAGAUGAUGCUACAAAUGUACAACCUUUUGCAUGCCAUGUCAAGAGAUGAUCGAGAUUGUGAUUUUUAUCAUCGGCUGGUUCAAUUUAUAGACUCUUAUGAUCCACCAUUAAAAGGGUUGCAAGAAGACCUAAAUUUUGUGAGCCCGCGUAUUGGAGAGGUACUAGAGGCAGUAGGUCCUAUUAUUUUUUUAUCGACAGAUACAAGAAAACUUAGAAAUGAAGGCUUUUUAAGCCCAUAUCAUCCUCGAUAUCCAGAUAUUCUUACAAAUUCUGCUCAUCCAAUGAGAGCCCAGGAUCUUGCAAAUGUUACUUCUUAUCGAGAAUGGGUGUUAUUUGGGUAUCUUGUUUGUGCAGAUGAGCUACUUCGUGUUACUAGCAUCGAUAUUGCUAUGGUGGUACUGAAAGAAAAUCUAGUUCUAACAUUAUUUAGGGAUGAGUAUAUACUUCUGCAUGAGGAAUAUCAGCUCUAUGUUCUACCCAGAAUUUUGGAAUCAAAGAGGAUGGCAAAAUCUGGACGCACCAAGCAAAAAGAAGCAGAUUUGGAAUAUAGUGUUGCAAAGCAGGUUGAAAAAAUGAUUAGUGAAGUGCAUGAACAAGCACUACUUUCAUGUGAUGGCAUCCAUCGUGAAAGGAGAAUUUUACUGAAGCAAGAGAUUGGAAGAAUGGUGCUUUUUUUCACUGAUCAGCCCAGUUUAUUGGCUCCUAAUAUACAGAUGGUGUUCUCUGCCUUGGCUUUUGCUCAGUAUGAGGUCAUCUGGUAUUUCCAACAUGUGGGAAUUGCAUCAUCAAAAUCUAAAACUGGUCGAAUGACACCAGUUGAGAUAGAAUUAAAUGAUCCAACUAUUGGGUUUUUAUUAGAUGGAAUGGACCGGCUAUGCUGUUUAGUGCGCAAAUAUAUUGCAGCAAUUCGAGGUUAUGCAUUAUCAUAUCUUUCUUCCUGUGCUGGUAGAAUUCGGUUUUUGCUCUGUACUCCAGGAAUGGUGGCUCUUGAUUUGGAUGCAAGCAUGAAAGGACUAUUUCAGAGGAUCGUUCAUCACCUUGAAAAUAUUCCAAAACUGCAGGGUGAACAUAUUUCUGCAAUCACAUGUGACUUAUCUGAAUUUCGAAAAGACUGGUUAUCAAUAUUGAUGAUAGUCACAUCCUCGCGGUCAUCAAUAAACAUAAGACAUUUGGAGAAAGCUACAGUAUCCACAGGGAAGGAAGGAUUACUGUCGGAGGGAAAUUCUGCAUACAAUUGGUCUAGAUGUGUUGAUGAAUUAGAGUCUCAAUUAUCAAGGCAUGGCAGUCUAAAAAAUUUGUACUUCUACCAUCAGCAACUAACAGCAGUCUUUAGGAACACUAUGUUUGGUGCAGAAGGACGUCCUCAGCAUUGCUGUGCUUGGCUUGGUGUUGCUAGUAGUUUUCCAGAGUGUGCCUCCCCCAUUGUUCCAGAAGAGGUAACGAAGAUUGGACGGGAUGCAGUCCUUUAUGUUGAAUCUCUAAUUGAAUCUAUAAUGGGAGGACUCGAGGGCUUAAUCAAUAUCCUUGAUUCUGAAGGAGGAUUUGGAGCACUAGAGAUCCAGCUUCUUCCAGAGCAAGCAGCUUCUUAUAUGAAUUAUGCAUCAAGACUUUCAAUGGGUUCAACUAAAUCUCCAAGAGGAGCAGGUGGCUUUCCUUUACCUGGCCAUGAAAGUCAUCCUGAAAGUAAUAGUUCUAUUAAAAUGUUAGAAGCUGCAAUGCAGAGGCUUACCAAUUUAUGCUCAAUUUUGAAUGAUAUGGAGCCCAUAUGUGUUUUAAAUCACGUAUUUGUCUUAAGAGAGUACAUGAGAGAAUGCAUCAUUGGGAACUUCAGGAGGAGAAUGCUUUCGGUCCUGAAAACUGAUAAUGAUCUGCAACGCCCCUCGGUUUUGGAGUCACUGAUACGCAGACAUAUCAGUAUCAUCCAUUUAGCAGAACAGCACAUCAGCAUGGAUCUAACUCAGGGUAUUCGAGAAGUUUUUCUCACAGAGGCAUUCUCUGGACCAGUUUCUUCUCUGCAUUUGUUUGAAAAAGCAGAAGAGCAUCAUACAGGAUCAGCUACUGAAGUUGUUUGUAAUUGGUACAUAGAAAACAUCAUUAAAGAUAUAUCAAGUGCUGGAGUUCUUUUCGCUCCCAUACACAAAUGCUUCAAGAGCUCAAGACCUGUUGGUGGAUACUUUGCUGACUCAGUAACUGAUCUCAGAGAGUUAAAAGCCUUUGUUCGUAUAUUUGGUGGCUAUGGAGUUGACAGGCUAGACAGAAUGUUGAAAGAACACACAGCAGCUCUUUUAAAUUGCAUUGACACAUCACUGCGAUCAAAUCGUGAAAUGUUAGAGGCUGUUGCUGGCAGCCUGCAUUCUGGUGACAGAAUAGAAAGAGAAGCAUCUAUGAAGCAGAUUGUUGAUAUGGAUACAGUAAUUGGAUUCUGUGUUCAGGCUGGGCUAGCUCUGGCUUUUGAUAGAGUAUUAUCUGAAGCUGCAGGAGUUGUGCUUGAAGAAGGUGCACCCUUGAUACACUCAUUAUUAGCUGGAAUAGUUAAGCAUAUUCCUGAAGAAAUACCUGAGAAAAAGGAAAUUAGAAGAAUGAAAGGGGUGGCAAACAAUGUUGGUAUAGUCAGUGAUCAUGAUUCUCAAUGGGUGAGAUUGAUCUUGGAAGAGGUUGGGGGAGCAAAUGAUGGUUCAUGGAGCUUGUUAUCAUAUUUAUUCGCUAGCUUCAUGACUUCUAGUAUCUGGAACACCACUGCCUUUAAUGUUGAUACUGGGGGCUUCAACAACAAUAUUUAUUGUUUGGCAAGGUGCAUCAGUGCUGUCAUUGCCGGAAGUGAGUUUGUUAGAUUGGAACGUGAACAUCAGCAGAGACAGUCUUUCUCCAAUGGACAUGUUGGCGAGUCAGUGGAUUCUGAAGUACAAAGCCGUUUGUCAGCUGAAACAAGCAUAAAGUCCACUAUGCAGCUCUUCAUCAAAUUCUCCGCAAGCAUCAUACUAGAUUCUUGGAGUGAAACUAAUAGAUCUCAUCUUAUUGCGCAGCUUAUUUUCCUAGACCAACUAUGUGAGAUUUCUCCUUAUCUUCCAAGAAGCUCUCUUGAAUCCCAUGUUCCGUACGCCAUUCUCCGUUCAAUAUAUAGUCAGUAUUACUCAAAUUCUCCUUCCACACCACAAGCAUUGUUACUCGGCGCUUCACCCCGGAAUUCACCUGCUCUAUCACUUUCACAUGGGUCUCCUGUAGUACGGCAGGCACGCGGUGACUCAACUCCUCAAUAUGGGGGUAAUGAUUCUGGGUUUUUCAGAGGAUCGUCAUCACACGGUCCCGAUCAGAUUUGUGAUACUGACAGUGGAAGCAUAAGGAGUGUUGAAAAUAGACACCGGAAUGUUCGCCGUUCUGGGCCCUUGGAUUACAGCUCAAGCCGGAAGACAAAGUUUGUGGAAGGCUCAGCCUCUGGGAGCAGUGGUCCUAGUCCAUUGCCAAGGUUUGCAGUGUCAAGAUCUGGACCUUUAGCGUACAAGUAGAAGUAUAACCAGGAUGAGAAAUGCGAAAUUAUGAGGGUAAAUUAGGUAUUUGUGGAUGAAUAUUUCAUAAAGCAUACUGGAGAAAAGACAUGUAUGUUCAAACAAAGUUUUGGCAACAUGUGUACCUAGAAUCACUAGGCCUUUUCCUCCUUGUAGUAGGUUAUGUAUAUUAUUUCCAUUUGUUUUAUUUCUUAUUUCUUUAGUCCUUUUCCCCUAAACAUAGGCAGGUGUAUAUUCUACCUAUGAUGUACACGCUAGACAAAAUGUGUGCAACUUCAUUCCCUCUACAAGCAGCUUCAUAAUCAAAGAGUGGUAGUGUAUUAUUGCAACCCUAAAUUUUAAAAGUGUUUACCUAUUUUUGCCGAAAAA